AUGCAUCUUCGCGAUGGUAUGUGGCUGCCUGCCGAGAACUUUCGUACCGAAUAUGCCGAAGAUGUCUACGAAAUCACUCCCAGUCAAGAUCAACAGGCAUUGAGCUUGCUGUGCCCGACAAAGCACAUCCGCACUCGUGGCGAUGGCCUCAACCAGCCUACUCUUACCAUCGAUAUCAAAGCCGAGGCGGACGGCAUCAUAUCUAUUGAGAGCACACACUGGGCUGGUGCCCAACGAAUUGGCCCCAACUUUGAUCUUUUCCCGGGUGGUCAGCCAAAGGUCGAAGGCAAGAUCCAAAAGAGUGACAAGGGAACCACUCUUAGGUCUGGUUCUCUGUCUGCAACUAUUCACCCUGAUCAACACAACUUUGACAUCAAGUUCCACAGCUCUGAUGGCAAAAAACACCUCACGAAUCUCGGCAACCGCAGUACCGGCUUUGCCUAUUCUCCUGCUCCUACCUCGCAAAUACAGACUGGAGACAUGAGAGACUUCAAACACUACAUGUUUAUGCAGACAACUCUGUCCGUUGGUGAGUCUGUUCAUGGCCUGGGCGAGCGGUUCGGUGCCUGGAACAAGGUCGGACAAAACGUCAUUCUCUGGAACGCGGAUGGUGGCACGUCGAGUGAUCAGGCCUACAAAAACGUCUCCUUCUGGAUGAGCAACCGCGGAUAUGGAGUAUUUAUCGAUUAUUCGGGCAAGGUCGAUCUAGAAAUUGGAAGCGAGCGAUGUUGUCGUGUGCAAACCACUAUUGAAGGACAGCGCCUCAAGAUGUACAUCAUCUACGGCGAUGGCCCCAAAGAUGUGCUCAAAAAGUACACAGUCCUCACCGGAAAGGCCAACAAGGUCCCCAGCUGGAGUUUUGGUCUUUGGUUGACAACUAGCUUUACCACAAACUACGAUGAAGCCACUGUUAACUCUUUCCUCGAGGGUAUGAAGGCCCGAGGCUCGCCGGUUGAUGUGUUUCACUACGACUGCUUCUGGAUGAGAGCAUUCAGAUGGACAGACUUCAUCUUUGACUCAGAGCGCUUCCCUGACCCCAAGGGCCAGAUUUCACGUCUUAAAGAAAACGGCCUCUGCAAAAAGGUCUGCGUCUGGAUUAACCCCUAUAUUGGCCAAGCUGGUGUUGCCUUCAAGCAUGCCGCCGAGAAAGGUUAUCUUCUCAAACGCAAGAAUGGCGAUAUCUGGCAGUGGGAUCUGUGGCAGGCUGGUAUGGGUCUUCUGGACGUCACAAACCCCGAGGCUUGUGCUUGGUAUGUCGAGUGCCUAAACGGCCUCUUCGAUAAGGGUGUCGAUGCCCUCAAGACCGAUUUUGGCGAGCGCAUUCCCACUCUUGACGUCCAAUGGCACGAUCCGACGGUUGAUCCUCACAAGAUGCACAAUUACUAUGCCUUUGCGUACAACAAGCUUGUCUACGAAGCUCUUCAGAAGCGAUACGGCGACAGUGAGGCCGUCCUCUACGCUCGUGCUGCCUGCGCUGGAACACAGCGAUUCCCUCUUGUAUGGGGCGGUGAUUGUGAGUCUACCCCUGAGGCUCUCGCUGAAUCUGUCCGCGGUGGUCUGUCCAUGGGUCUGAGCGGAUUCACCUUCUGGAGCUGCGACAUUGGUGGCUUCGAGGGUAAGCCCCCGCCAUGGAUCUACAAGCGGUGGGUUGCUAUGGGUCUCUUGUGUAGUCACAGUCGACUUCAUGGAAGCAACUCUUAUCGUGUACCCUGGACUGUCGACGACGAUGACACUACUGAAGAAGGAUGCUCAAAGACCCUAUCUAAAUGGACCGCACUCAAGACUCGUCUAAUGCCGUAUAUCUUCUCACAAGCGAUCGAGUCUAUCGAGGGUGGUAUUCCCAUGUCUCUUCGCUCUGUUGCCCUUGAGUUCCCCGAUGAUCCUACAUCGUGGUUCCUUGACCGCCAGUUCAUGGUUGGAUCUCAACUCCUGGCAGCUCCCAUUUAUGAAGAGUCUGGUGAAGUAGAGUUCUACCUGCCUAAGGGCAAGUGGACAUCCUACUUUACCAACGAAGUCAAGUCUGGCCCCGGUUGGUUCAGAGAGAAGCACGCAUUUGGCACCUUGCCUUUAUAUGUCCGCGAGAACACAGUUCUUGUCCUUGGCAGCCGUAAGGAGGUUGGCGCUGCGUAUGACUUUGCUAGCAACGUCGAGGUUGGUCUGUACCAAACUUCACCUGGUUCGAAGGCCGUGGUAGUAAAUGGCGAGGGGGCCACUGUUGUUGAGCUUGUUGUUAGUGAUGAUGGUAAGCUUCAGGGUACUGACAAGCUCAAUGGCGACUGCAAGGUCACGGAGAAGGGUCGUGACUUGAAGGGAGAUUCUCCUGUUUCGAUUGAGUCGUUGUAA